CUCUUAAUCAACUUUAACAUCUAUCACUCUUUCUCUCUUCAUUCACUGCAGAGAGUUUUCAUGAGCUAUUCUCGUCCUAUCACUCCUAGCAGAGUCUUCAUAAGCUAUUCUCGUCCUCCCCUUCGGCUAAUAAGAAACUGGCGACACGGUGUUGGCGGACGCCUGUGAAGAUGCCUGAAAAGGAUGAGAGAAGGCAGAGCUCUGGAACGGUGUUGACGGACGCGUGAAGCGAAUGGGCUUCGUCGAUCUUUGGCCGGGCGGCCACCAUCUUCUUUAUCACUACUACAUCUUCGAUUUCAAGAGCGGAAACACUAUUAACAUCCUUCAAUUCAUACAUGAAGACCAAAUCCUCCUUCGAUUCAGUCAUACCCCAGCUUAUUCCUCGCAACCUGGCCCUAUCCACGUCAGAUCGUAGAUCUAUAUCGGGUCUUCAAGAAAUCCAUAGCGCUAGGGUUACGACACAUUGUCUAGCUCGUGCGACAAGAGGGGUGCUAGAGUUACGGCACAUCGGCUAGCUCGCGCGACAAGAGAAGGUGAGUAUUUGGCCAAUAUAAUAGAGGAUCAUGAACAACGCAGAGACUAUUUUAUCACUUUAUUAUUGGAUUGGAUGCCAAUGAGACGGGUAGCUUGUAGAGGGAUUCUCGUUAAUUCUGCAAGCAUCCAAGCAGAUGCUUCUUUUGCUACUGGGAAUACUGCCCAAAUUUCUGCAAAGCUACCUGAUAUGAUGAAAGGAGUGGAUGUACACCUUAACGCUGGGAACAAAACUCCUGGACCCAUGACUGUAAAGACUGCUUUGCAGCUGGGACCUGUUUUGCUUACUAUUGCGGAUACUGCUAAGGAGAUAACAACUAAUUUGACACCUAAACCUGCUAAGGUUACUGGGAAAACCCCAAUUGGGCAGACUGCCCCAAGCAAGGUGGCCGCUACUGAUAGAGGAGGUUCUUCUCCUCUCAUGCCAAUGCAGGUAACUACUCCAAAUGAAUCUUCUGUGAACCAUUCAGUACUGAUUAAAAAGGGCCAACAAAUAGAUGCUCAAAUGGUUGGUAACUACUCCAAAGGAAAACUCAAACUGGUGUUUGGUAAACCCUUUCUCUGAAAAGUACCGGUUGGAUGAGUAUCAGUUGAUGAAAUAAUAAUUUACUAGGCAGUUUUCUAUCUCUAUGCGUACGAAAAGCAGCUUUAAGGAGUUAUUCAGGUGACAAGUUGAUGUGAAUGGGAAAAGGAAGCACGUGUUGUUGAUUACUUCCAUAAGAAUGCCGUUGUCAGGGCUUGACACUUAAAGAUUGUUUUAUGUCCUAUAAUUGUAACUUGUGUUUUGUUUUUUGAGUUGUACUUAAUUACAUUGAUGAUUUCCGGGGUAUGCCCCUAUGAAUCAUGUACAUUCAUAUGAAAUCUUGAGAUAUAAAUAAAAUGUUUGAGAUUUUGGUUAAUG